GACGUCACACGGGCGCUGGAACUCCUCUAAGUAAGGGAUGUUGUGGUUAUCCAUGCCGCCGACUCCUCUCUGAGUGAUAUCUGGUCCAGAAGACCGCCAGUGAGAGCUCCCCACGCAUGGAGUUGAGCUCGGACCGUGCGGUGGCAACGGUGGAGAUGUCGCAGGUUAAAAGCAAGGACGAGGAGCCUUUUAAAAGUGACGGGGACUACGAGAGCUUGCCACCUCAUGUCUCCGUGACGACCCACAUGACAGCAGGAGCCGUGGCAGGCAUACUGGAGCACACGGUGAUGUACCCCGUGGACUCUGUCAAGACGAGGAUGCAGAGCCUCCAGCCGGACCCUAACGCACAGUACAAGAGUGUCUAUGAGGCUCUGAAGAGGAUCAUCCGGACGGAGGGGGUCUUCAGACCGCUGAGGGGCCUUAACAUCACCAUGUUGGGCGCCGGCCCCGCCCACGCACUCUACUUUGCUUGCUAUGAGCGGGCGAAGAGCUCCCUGAGCGACAUUAUUCAGAGUGGGGGCAACAGCCACAUAGCCAACGGUGUGGCAGGUAGCAUAGCCACGGUUCUCCACGAUGCCGUCAUGAAUCCUGCUGAAGUGGUAAAGCAGAGGAUGCAGAUGUACAACUCUCCAUAUCGAGGUCUUUUGGACUGCAUUCGGACGGUCACGCACACCGAGGGCGUGGGCGCCUUCUACCGCAGCUACAGCACUCAGCUGACCAUGAACAUCCCCUUCCAGGCCGUUCACUUCAUCACCUACGAGCUGAUGCAGGAGCAGCUGAACCCCGACAGGCAUUACAACCCCGGCAGCCACAUCGUGUCGGGGGCGGCGGCCGGAGCCAUCUCGGCCGCGGUGACCACCCCGCUCGACGUUUGUAAGACGCUGCUCAACACGCAGGAGAACGUGGCGCUGAACUCCAUGAACAUCAGCGGCCACCUAACGGGGAUGGCCAAUGCCUUCAGGACCGUUUACCGGCUCGGUGGUCCGGCCGCCUUCUUCAAAGGGGUCCAGGCUCGGGUCAUAUACCAGAUGCCUUCAACAGCCAUUGCCUGGUCUGUGUAUGAAUUCUUCAAAUACUUCCUGACGAAGCAGCAGCUGGAACAAGAGGCCAGAUCGGGGCCUCUGUAAUGGAACCUGUCCUGGAGCAACCCCACGCCCACGCCCACGGACCUAAAACUUCCAGUUUGAAGAUGUGCGAGUCCACGGGGUUUUACAAGCGCUGCUGAGAAAAAGGCUUCAGGUAUUCUUUUAUGAGGAAGUGCCAGAGGGGAGGCGUGGCAGAGAGCAGCAUUCCUGACUGAUCAUUUAUUGUGGAGCUCUGCGUCAGUGGCCAGGCCUCGCCGCCGUCACACAGCAGCGUUAUGCAACACUGAGAAAUCUCUUCCUCGUUCUCCACCUCCUGACGGAGCACCCUUUUCCAAAGCUCUCUCGCUUCCACCAGUCCUGACCAUGUUGAUGAGGUUGCCUCAGACCAUGUUUAUAUUUCUAAAUAUCGGAGCUUCUUAUUUAUUUUGCUAGCUUUCUGAAGCCAGUCUCUUAUGGAUGCAGCAGCAGCACUGCUGUUUGUUUGGCUUCAGCUUGUUUAUGAGAAACGCAUUCUUUGUUUCCACUCAUGCGGAUGGGACCGUUGCAUCCUCCAAGUGCCUCACGAUUAUCAAACACGGCUUGUUCUUUUCAGACUUUUCUGCUCUGGAUAUAGGAAAUGGUCGCACACUUCAUUUGUGUUGCAAAUAUCUUGCAUAAAACAAAUGCGUCUCACAGGUCUCCUCAGUCAGAUCGAAAACAAGGCCGUUACACAAUGAAAUGAAUGGUAUCUUUUUGGUCUUUUCAGAUGUUUUUUUUUCUUGCACCUGAUGGUGAGGCGUUCACCAGCAGCAGCUGUCACGUUUUCUGUGCAUGAAGCACUUCCUCCUCAGAGAGCCUGCUCUCUCUGAAGAUGCGUAGGCCGUAGCGGUCCAGUUAUUUGCUCUGCCAAAGUGCAGUGCGACAAUUGUCCCAAACCACGCACAAUAGAUCCUUAGCUGCCUGAGAAGGUCGGCAGGUUCUCUACGCACAUCCAAGGCAUCACUAUAUAUACUUCGAAGGGGACUUUGUCUGUAGAAAUCUCUCCCAGCUGGUCUCACUGUGGAUCAGAUAGGUCUGUUACAUGGGAGGGCACCAAUAUCUCAUCCCACUUUUGGGAUGCUUUUAGUGUGACGCUUAGCUUUAUUUUGGCCUGUUGUGUUUGUGUGCCCCAGUGAUUUCAGAGUCUUUAGAUCGUACCAAAAAAAGCAUCAUGCGUGUUUGGAGUCUCCAAAAGGUCUCACCACAAAAUAAAUGUGAUCUAAAGUUUGCGCACACUAUGUUACCAGACAGGCCGGUAAGAACUCGAUGAGAAGAAAUCGUUCUUUUCCCAUCCUGCUCCAGUCAGACAUUUCCUGUGUGCUCGCUGCCUUCGCCAGCUUAUUGUCUAUUUUUGAUCCAGAAGUUGCGAUGUCCUGCCAGAUGUCGAUGUAGUCCAGAGAGCAGUGGGCUUUAUUUGUUUUUAAUCAUUUAGGCCCAUUCUCCCAAGAAGUUUAGCAGUUUCCAGUGGUCCCACGAAGCAAUUCCUCAUGCUUUUUACGGUAAACAUUACUAAACCAAAGACAUUCUGUUCCAUUCUAUGCAUUCUGUUUUUAAUUAGUAUAAACCCACUGUCGUGAGUUGUCAUUCCAUCUUUGUCGCCUAGAUUUCACACUCCGAGUAGUGUUUAUUCCGUUUAGGGAAAAAAAAACUUGAAUUAUUUGAGAAUUUCUCCAUUUCCUGUGUAGGUAAAGACUUUCUACACUAGGAUUGAGAAGCAGCAGCUCUUAGGAGGAACGGUAUGUUCCCAUUUAUGUAUAGUAAGGUUUUCAUUUUGGUUUACAAACUGUUGUUGUGGGUUAGUUUUUAUUCACUAAACUGGCUGAGGUGUCUUGGACCACAAAGUACUUUUAUUUUUUCUUGACUUUUUUUCAUGCAAAAUGGCUUCACGGUAAUGUUAACUUGAAUAUAAAAGCAGCUCAGUAAACAUGGAUUUGUAUAGUUGUUUUAUUAAAUUCAAGGUGUGGCCGCUGCUAAGUUGGACUGUUGCUCUGUGUUCUCUGGGAAAACAUUUCCUCUGUGAACAGCACUGCCAUCCAGCACAGGUCUUUUCUUCCACUUGCAGCUGUCACUCGUGUGUUCUACAUCAUUGUUUUUCUGUACCGACUGAUAAAACCGAGUCUUUAUGUUGGUAUCAAAGUCACAUAGGUAAUGUUUUGAAUCAAUGCUUCUGUGUUUAGUACGGAGAUCCGAGUUUGUAUUGUAAGUGGGGAAAUGCUAUAAUGUAAAUGUUUUUAUUCUAUUUAUGCACUAUUAAUCAAAAUGGGAGUUGAUGUGGUUUUUACUGAGUGCCAUCUGCAGAACGGGAAGUUUGACAAUGCAAAUGAUCAAAGAUUGUGAAAAUGCUGCUACAGUAUUUAACACUGGAGCUGAAAUAAACACAGAUUAGGAAUGCUG